GUAAGCAAGCUUGUGCCAGUAAGGCUUUGCACUGGAACCUAGUUAGGUGAGGCCGUGAAAACUAUGCUAACAUUUCGCUGUAAGCGACGUUUAACUUCAUGCUCAUCGUUCACUCGCUGCGUUGUAUUAUCUCUCUGUGUUUUGUGCUCAUUCAGAACGCUCAAGUGCAUCCUCGAGAAGAUAAAAGCCGAAGACGAAGAAGAAAUUCUGGCCGAUGGUUUCUUCGAACUUCCAGGGUGCGUGCUUCCUAUGUACGACCUUAAACGCUCGAUCAUCGGCGAUGGCUCUGAGAUAACCGACGCCGAGUACGAAUCCAUGUGCCUCGCAAGAAAACCGACUGUCAUAAAGCAAGACGAGAACAGGCUAAUCCUUCAAGACAAUCGCCUUCGUGAAGGUUACAAUGUCUCGGCCAAGGACUUGCGCUGCUUUUAUCGAGAAGUGGUGCGUAACACGAGCUGCCUCGUUCCGGACACCAGCCCUGCCCUCAGCCCGCGCAGGCGCCUGGUUUUCGGGCGGCCAUUACACGAGGAAUACGUUCAAGUGACUUGUGAGGUGGGAAAGUCUGUGCUUUUUGUGGAAUAUUUUCUUGUCCCUCAAGGGCGAGAAAGAGCCGCGUCCUCCUCUUCAUUUGAAGCAAUCGCAGCUCAAAUGAACAUUCUCAUUUUGGGCAUCGAUUCCACCUCGAGCCUCAACUUCAGGCGCCGCAUGGCACAGACGAGACUCUUUCUAAUGGAAGAAAUGGGAGCUUUCGAGUUCCUCGCUUUCAACAAGGUCGGUGACAGCUCCUUUCCGAACCAGAUCUCCCUCCUCUCUGGAUUCGCGGCUAGCGAAGUGGAGGAAAUGUUGAAGCGAAGCUACUCCAACGAGGUACCGCUUCUGUGGAACGUGUACCAGGCGAUGGGUUACACGACGCUGUUCUUGGAAGAGAUGCCUCACUACGGCCUGUUCACUUAUCCCAACCAUACAGGGUUUAAAGUAGCGCCAACCGACUACUACCCAGUCUCUAUUCUACGCCUCAUGGAUGAAAAAGGUGGAAUCGACCGCUUCUGUAUGGGUUCCCGUCUUAAAACCAAAGUGCUUAUUAAGUAUCUUGGCGACGUUCUGAAGCUGAAUGACAACUCGAGAACCUUCUCCUAUGUCUGGCUGUCGGACGUGACCCACAAUCACAUCAAAGGAAUAGCGAUCCUAGAUGAGCCACUCUUCGAAUUCUUCAAGGGCCUUUCAAACAGAGGCGUUCUUGACAACACUGUCGUGCUCUUUCUGAGCGAUCACGGCGCUCGCUAUGGAUCUACACGCCGCAGCGAGCUCGGAAGGCACGAAGAUAAGACGCCAUUUUGCUUUCUAGCUCUCCCGAAGCGCUUCCUCCGGGAACACCCCGACGUGGCUGCGAGUCUGGAAACAAACCAACGUCGCCUUAUUACCGCCUAUGAUCUGCACGCGACGCUUCUGAGCCUGUCGACCUUGCCAUCGUUCUCAGUGAAUCCCACGCGUCAUGGUCUCAACCUAUUUGCUAACAUUCCCGCCAACAGGACCUGCGUCGACGCGUCUAUACCUCCGCAGUUCUGCGCAUGUCGUGGCACUCGCAGUCAAAUGCGCGAUCCCACCGUGGCGCUAGAAUUCGCCCAUUAUGCCGUCGCCUACAUGAAUGUCCUUGCCGAGAUCCACUUUCCAGGGCAGUGUCUCGUCUGGCGACUAGACCGUGUGCAGAAGGCCUUUGUAGUCGCGAACCGCAAUUCCAGUGACCAGCCCUUUGUGCACGCCACGCUUCAUGUACUCUUACGCACGAUACCGCUUGCACACUUCGAAGUGUACGGAAGCCUUCCUAAUGCUUCGACAUCUCUUGCGUCGAAUGGGUCGCCACCUCGAGUGGACUUCGUGCAAAGGUUGGACAGAUACAGCGAGUGGACUUGGUGCCUGCCCAAGAGCGCAUGGCAGAAGAUCUGCAUGUGCAGAUCUCGCGCCAGAUCUUGACUCGCGAAGUGUACGAGGUCGCAAAAAAGCCAUGUACGUUGUUGUAUAUGUUAUAUAAGUAUGCAUAUAGAUAUCUAUAUAUGUUGCGUGUAUGUGCAUUUUGCUACGAACUGUUAGCGGCCACGAAGUGAACUUUUUUCAUCAUAUGUUCCCGAGCUUGUGUUUUGUUGAAUGACCAAAUAAAAAUAC